AUGAAUAUGUUGGAUGAUGAAGAUGACCAAAGCUUUCACGCUACGCGUGACGGCUACUCCCAUUUGAGCGAUGUCGAAUGGGAUGCGGUUGAACGAAUGGGUUCGACCAUGGGCAUCCAUGCUGUUAGCGUCAUGCUAGAGGCUCUCAAUAGAGAUGCCCAACAUGCUACUAUCGCCAAGUUCAUUCAAAAUGAACUUGACGCUGAACGCGAAAAAGUAGCCUUGCUUCACCAACAAGGUUCUCAACAAUCAGAGUUGUUGAGAGAACAGGGUGCUCAACAGUUUGAACUGUUGAGACAGCAGCAGGCUGCUGCUGGUGGGUCGAUGCACUCGCGUCGACCCGAGACCUUGAAGAUUGACAUAUCCAAGUAUAGGGGAGUCGAAGAGGACUCCCUCUUGAGAUGGUUCGUCGAAUUGGAUGACGCCAUAAGGGCGCGUCGCAUCGACGACGGGGGUAUGCAAGCUGCAUUUGCCCAAUCAAAUCUGGCAGGACGUGUCAAGACUUGGGCUUUGGGGCUCAAGUUGCACGACCCAUACGCGUUUGGGUCGUUAGAAGUCUUCAAGUCGCGGCUCAGAAAAACGUUUGAACCGCCUGGAGCUGAGUUCAGAGCUCGAACUGAACUCUAG